UUCCCUGCAAACACGUGUUUUUUUCCCUUCAUGUUUAUAUCAAUUUAUUUGGUUCAUUUUAAUCAUUUAUAUUAGUUUAUACUUGAAAUAUUUCUAAAAAUGAGUAAAUUUUAAUAUAAAUUUAAAAGCAUAUAUGUAUUUAAUUGGUUUAAUUAAUCAAAGAAGAGUAAUUGUUUUAAUAUUUGCAGAUAAAGUAAUAAAACUGUUAAUAAACAUGGGCGUUAAGGAAAAUUUAAAAAGAAGAUCAACAGAGAUCGAAAUAUCGAAAAUAGAAAAGAGAAAGAUAAGAAGAAAUGAAAAUUCAAUAACAAAUAAUGUAAGGAAAAAAUCAAAAAUAGAGAAUAUUGAAGAUUGUAGCGUAAGUUAUGAUGUUAAAAAUUAUGAAACAUCGAAAUUUUCAUCCCUGCAAGAUAAAAUCUCGCAAAAUACAUUAAGAGCAAUUGAAAAUAUGGGAUUUAAGACAAUGGAAAAAAUAGUGGAACGUUGCAUUUUAAAAAUUCUCCAGGGUGAAAAUCUCGUGACAACAAUAAAAACAAAGUCAACAUCAAAUUUAUCUUUUCUAAUUCCUGCUAUUGAAUUAAUAAAUAAAUUAAGUUCCAAAUUACAAAAAGGAACUGGAUGCAUUAUAGUAACAUCAACACGCGAAUCAGCAUUACAAGUUUUUGGCACUUUGAAAGAAUUAUUACAAUUUUAUCAAUUUACAAGCUGCUUAUUAAUUGAUGGUUCCGAUCAAAAAACUGAGUCACGAAAAUUAUCGAAAGGUGUUAAUUUUAUUGUCGCCACUGCUUCAAGAUUAUUUCAUCAUUUACAAAAUACUCCCGAUUUUGUGUACAAAAAUUUACAAAUUCUUAUUUUUGACGAAACUGAUCGUAUUCUACAAACUGGAAAUGAAGAAACAUUAAAGCAAAUUAUUCCGUUUCUACCAGAAAAGAGGCAAACUGCCAUUUUCAUGAAAGAAAAGAUUAAUAUUGAAAAAUUCGAAUUGUCAAUAAACAAAAAGCCAAUUGUCUUGAACCAAGUUGAGAGAGAAGAGAAAAUUGUUGAUGGUUUAGAGGAAGGAUACAUUAUUGCACCAAGUGAUAAACGUUUUCAUUUUCUCUUAAAUUUCCUCGAGAAAAAUAAGAAGAAGAAAAUUAUAGUUUUGUUCAGUUCUUGUCUGUCGACAAUACAUCAUCACGAUCUGUUUACUUCAUUAGAUGUUCCAGUUUCCAGCAUUCACGGGAAGCAGAAACAAGUGAAGCGAAGAGAAAUUUUUUCCAAAUUCUCCUCUGCUUCUUCGGGAAUUUUACUCUGCGCUGAAGCUACUACAACGGAAGUUGUUUUUCCGAAAGUUGAUUGGAUCCUGCAAUACGAUCCACCGGAAAAUCCAAAGGAACAUAUUAAUCGGCUUUCUGAAAUGAGCAAGGAAUCGAAAGGAAAGGCAGUUUUAAUUUUAAGCCCGGAAGAAAUUGGCUUUCUGUCCUAUUUGAAGGAAGUUGGAGUUUCUACUUCGGAGUUUAAGAUCUCUUGGAAUAAAAUAAAAAACGUUCAAGUCUCGUUAGAGAAGUUGAUGGCGGAAAACUACUUUCUAAAUUUAUCAGGAAAAGAAGCAUUUAAAGCUUUUGUCAAAUCGUACGACUCGCAUCAUCUCAAGAAAAUUUUUAAUAUAGAAAGACUAGAUUUGACCAAAGUGGCAAAGUCUUUUGGUUUCACCGUUCCACCGGCUGUCGAUUUAAGCAUUAAUAAACAGGAAUUUGACAAAAGUGCAAGACCAGAAAAACGAUUAGGCGGAGGUGGAUAUGGAUUUUUCAAAACCAUGAAUCGUAUGGGUGAGAAAAAAGGACAAAACAAAAUCUUCAAACAAGUUGGAAAACGAAAAAAACUUUCCAAGAGUGCUAGUUAAGUUUUCUCCUUAAUUUUAGUUUUUGAAAAUUAAAUUGAUUUUUAAAAUUCUUUCUAUAAUCUUAGAUUAGAAUAAAUUUAGUUGAUUAAAUAAUAACAUAGAUUUUUUUGUAAUUUAAUAGUUUCUAAUGUUUUCUUUCUUCUCCGGGAUCUUUCACAUAAUUAAAUAAAAGAAACUUCAUUUAAA